UAUGUACAUUAUGAUAUUUAUGAUCUGUUGAUGGUGCUGCCACUGGUGUGAGUUACGAAAAAAAAUAACAAGUGUUAAAAUAUCGUAUAGAGUAUAGGAUAUUAUAAAACGAAAAAGAUAUACAGUAGAGUACCAUAUCUACCUAUACUUGUAACAACAUAAUAUAUAAAUGCACGUGGUAUUUUUUUAAUUAAGGUUAUUAUUAAUAAAAAUUUAUAAAAAAUGCAGCACGACGAUGUUGUUUGGAGUAUCAUCAACAAGACAUUUUGUUCUUUUAAAGUCAACACAAAAACUCAGAGAUUAUGUAGGAAUGAAUACAACUUGACGGGUUUGUGUAGCAGAGCUUCAUGUCCAUUAGCCAACAGCCAAUAUGCAACAAUACGUGAAGAGUCUGGUAUUAUUUAUUUAUAUAUGAGAACAGCUGAAAGAAUACAUGAGCCAAAAAAUCAAUGGGAAAGAGUUAAAUUGUCACGUAAUUUUGAAAAAGCUAUCAAUCAAAUAAAUGAAAAUUUAUUGUACUGGCCUGGGUUCAUUAAGUCGAAAUGUAAACAGAGAUUCGUUAAAAUAACUCAAUAUUUAAUACGAAUGAGAAAAAUAAAAUUAAGACGACAGAAAAAGAUUGUUCCAUUGCAAAGGAAAAUUGAAAGAAGAGAAACUAGACGAGAAGAAAAAGCUCUUAUUGCCGCUAAACUCGAGACGGCUAUCGAAAAACAGCUCAUGGACAGACUCAAAAAAGGAAUGUAUAAUGACAUUUAUAAUUUCCCCCAACGCGUAUUUGAUAAAGCUGUCGAAGCCGUUGAAAUAGAAGGCGAAAGUGAAGCAGAAGAAAGUGAUGAAGCGGAGGAACAAGAAGAAAAAGAAAUUGAACAAGAACUAGAGGAAGAAUUAGAAGCAGAUGAAAUGGAGGUUGAAGAGAAUGCCAACCCAUUUAUUGAAGCAGACAGUGGUGAUGAUGAUGAUGAUGAUGAUUAUUAUGAACAAGAGGACGAUGAAAGCGACUCUGGUCAGACAGAACAAAUCGAGUCUGUUCAGAUUGAAAACUUUAGUGAUUUUUCAUCUGACACAAGUGAUGUUGAAGAUAUGACUAUUACAACGAGCAAAAAAUUAAAAUCGUCCAAACAACAACAAAAGAAAGAUGAAUUAAAAAAGAAAUUAAAACGUCCCCGUGUUGAAAUUGAGUAUGAAACGGAGGAUGAGCCGCGACAAAGAUUACGGGCCUAA